CUGAAAAACUAGAAAUACCAAACCUAAAAGCCUUAUUUAAAAAAAAAAAAGAAAAGAAAAGAAAAGAAAAUUGUCAACGGUCAAAACUCAUAGUUGCUAUAGACUACAGUUAUCUUGUCCAAAUGGCUGAUCAUGGCAGCCCGGCUUGUCUUCUGACCCACCCUUUUAAAUCACACAUCUUGAACGCUUCCCGUCUCUUACGCUCUCGCAGUUCAUUACAGCACUUCUUUCCGGCCAUCGUUGAGAAAUGGAUUCAGAAACGGACUCCAUUUCCCAACACUUUCCUAUUCUAUACUACGUUCUAUCCCAACUGGAUCCUAUUUCUGGUAAAUCCAACCCUCAACUCUCUCCCGAAACUAAAGAAUCGGUGCUGACCAAGUUGUCACAUCUCAACAAUCCUGAAGUCUUGGCCUCCAUCAUUCAAGCCAUUCCUGACAACCUCACCCACACUCUGUCAGCCCUCAUUUCACUCGGUCCACGCCCCGAUCCCUCCGCUGUCGCCGCCGCUCGUGACAGGAUAAUUGAAAUCCAAUCCACACUCCACAAGAAUCUUCAAGCGAUCAAAGGCGAAGGAAAUUCCGGUGGCGAUGAGGCAGAGAAUAAGCUGAGGAAAGCGGCGGAAAAGGAAACGCAAAUCUAUAAGGCGGUGUCUCGGCUCGAGGAGAUGCAUGAAGCCUAUGAGAAGCAGUUAAGUGCUGCGCAGGAUCGUGUGGUUGAAGUUUAUGAAUCGGUCGUUGCGGAGUUGGAUAAGGAGACCGACUUGGAAGUGAACGAAGAAGUUAUUAGAAUUUUGAAAGAGGCUGAGAGUGGUGUGGUGGAGAAAGUCGACCUUUUUGGUCAACAGAUCAGGUUUCUUCCGGAGGAGUUUGGGAAACUUCGACGCUUGAUCGAGCUUAAUCUAUCGCAUAAUCAGUUGGAGGUUCUUCCUGAUUCUAUAGCUGGGCUUCAGAAACUACAGCGCCUAGACAUUUCUUCGAACCUAUUGGAGUCACUUCCUGAUUCUAUAGGCCUAUUGGUUAAUUUGAAGGUCGUCAUUGUAUCAGGAAAUAAGCUGAAAGUGCUUCCCGAAACCAUUACUGGUUGCAGUUCAUUGGUGGAGUUGGAUGCAAGUUUCAACAAUCUGCAAAGUUUACCAAUAAAUAUUGGUUAUGGGUUGGUUAAUCUCGAAAGGCUAUCGAUACAGCUUAACCAGAUAUGUUACCUUCCUACAUCCAUAUGUCAGCUUAGGUCUCUAAGAUAUUUUGAUGCACAUUUCAAUAAACUCCAUGCGCUGCCUCCAGCCAUCGGAAGGCUAACGAGUCUCGAGGUGUUGAAUCUCAGUGGUAAUUUCAACAACUUGACUGAGGUUCCUGAAUCAAUCAGUGAUCUAUGCAACCUGAAGGAGCUAGAUCUUAGUGACAACCAGAUCAGAGCUCUUCCGGACACAUUUGGGCGGCUGGAGAAACUAAUAAGGCUGAAUAUGGAUCAAAAUCCUUUGGUGAUACCUCCAAUGGCAAUUGUUGACAAAGGGGCCCAAGCGGUGAAGGAUUUCAUGGAUAUGAGGUGGGCUGAUUUAGUUGCGGAAAAACAGAAGAACAUGCAUGAGGCAAAUGUGCCUCAAGAACAGAGUGGAUGGCUUACUUGGGGAACCUCAAUGUUGAGUAAUGUAACUUCUGGGGUUGUACAAACUAUUUCUGAAUAUACAGCGGGACGAAACGAAAAUUCCCAGGACCCAUGGUUGUAUCAACAGUUGUGAAUGGAGGAUUGUAUGGUCUUAUUAUCGACCUGUAUUUCUAAGAAAUUUUGUCUAUAUUUGCAUGUAUAAUUUAAUAUACAUACACAUGCUGGUAUAAACUUGGCUUCUAUUUCUAAA